UGCCCAGGUUGUGUACUACACGUCAGCCCAGUGCAUUUAGCAGUAGUGCUCGGUCUAUCUUGCUCCGCUAUAGGAUCUUUGCUCUGGAGGAGUUGCUGCUUGCAGUUACUUCGCUCCAAGAUCAGUGUAGAGGAUUGUAAAACUACACAGCCCCACAAUUCCGUGCAAUGAUCCCUCCUCUCUUGCUGCUGGAACACGUAGCUUGGCGUCACGGAGCAGCCGGAUCGGUUGGAGUCGCUACUUUUGUGUUGGGAAGGUCUGGUGUCGAGUUGUCGGCGCCGGGAGCGAAGCUGCCAAGUAUCUCCCCGGGGGGAGAGAGGGAGAGGGAGAGAGAGUGGCCAGUCUGGGCUAGGGAGAGUCAGGGUCUGCACCACCGCUGCCAAGUCCCACCACCCACCCAACCCCUUGUCCCACAUUGCUGAGCUGGGAAUUGGACAAGGAGAAGAAGUGGGAGAAGGAGAGAGUGUGUGUGUGUGUGUGUGUACCUGGGCUGGGAACUUUGUCUCCCACGUCCUGGGCAGUGUUGAGGCUUCACCCUGCUUUUGCUAUCAGCAGUCAUUCGCGCCGCAUACACCCUCAACGCCAAGAUGAGCGGCGGCGAUAUCGUCUACAGCGGCUGGUUAAGGAAGUCGCCACCGGAGAAAAAGUUGAGACGUUACGCAUGGAAAAAGCGCUGGUUUAUACUUCGAAGUGGCCGUCUGACAGGAGACCCGGAUGUGUUGGAAUACUACAAGAAUGACCAUGCACGAAAACCCAUUCGCGUCAUUGACUUGAAUCUCUGCGAGCAAGUGGAUGCUGGGCUGUCCUUUAACAAGAAGGACCUUGAGAACAGUUACAUUUUUGAUAUUAAAACCAUCGACCGUGUCUUCUACCUGGUAGCUGACACUGAAGAAGAAAUGAAUAAGUGGGUCCGGUGCAUCUGUGACAUCUGUGGGUUCAAUCCUACCGAUGAGGAUGCUGUUAAAUCAUCCAAUCCUUCUGCCACUGCCAUGACUGAGGUACCUCUCUCUGUUAAUACUACACAACCCACCGUGCGAUCAGCAGUUUCCAUGGGCUCACUACCUCCCCCAUACCAGCCGAUUAGUGUUCGUCACCUGGAGUCUUUGUCCAGCCAAGAAGAUCCACAAGAUUAUCUAUGGUUAGCCAAUUGUGAAAGUAAAAAACCUGAACCCACCAGCCAUGCAUCAUCAAUUGCCACAGAAGAGGGAGACGAGUAUCUUCUGCUAGAAGAUUUUGAGAGCAAAAAGCAUCCGUUUCACAUUCACAUAGAGGCAAAGUUAUUGGUUAAUAAUCUCGAGGCCUGGAAAGUGAUCCAAGGCGUGGCAUGGAAAAAGCGCUGGUUUAUACUUCGAAGUGGCCGUCUGACAGGAGACCCGGAUGUGUUGGAAUACUACAAGAAUGACCAUGCACGAAAACCCAUUCGCGUCAUUGACUUGAAUCUCUGCGAGCAAGUGGAUGCUGGGCUGUCCUUUAACAAGAAGGACCUUGAGAACAGUUACAUUUUUGAUAUUAAAACCAUCGACCGUGUCUUCUACCUGGUAGCUGACACUGAAGAAGAAAUGAAUAAGUGGGUCCGGUGCAUCUGUGACAUCUGUGGGUUCAAUCCUACCGAUGAGGAUGCUGUUAAAUCAUCCAAUCCUUCUGCCACUGCCAUGACUGAGGUACCUCUCUCUGUUAAUACUACACAACCCACCGUGCGAUCAGCAGUUUCCAUGGGCUCACUACCUCCCCCAUACCAGCCGAUUAGUGUUCGUCACCUGGAGUCUUUGUCCAGCCAAGAAGAUCCACAAGAUUAUCUAUGGUUAGCCAACUGUGAAAGUAAAAAACCUGAACCCACCAGCCAUGCAUCAUCAAUUGCCACAGAAGAGGGAGACGAGUAUCUUCUGCUAGAAGAUUUUGAGAGCAAAAAGCAUCCGUUUCACAUUCAGUUGCUUGCAGAUUCUUCAACCAAGUCCACAUCAUCAGAAACUGACUGUAAUGACAAUGUCCCUUCACACAAACCUCCAGCGCCGCCCGCACCUAAACAGGCGAUGAAUGGCUUCUUCUCACAGCCAUGUUUUUACGAUUCUCCCCCGCCUAGAUUCGCUUCAAAGUCUACAGAGUCAAGCCUUUACAACCUGCCUAGGAGUUAUUCUCCAGACAUCACUGCCGGAACUUGUUCGCUGUCGGCCGCUGAUAGUGAAGGAGAUUUAUAUGUAUUUAACACACCGUCACGGAUAUCUGGCGUGGAGAAUCAAAUGAGACAGAUUUCAGUGUGUUACGACAUCCCUCCAACACCAGGAGGCACAUAUCAGAUUCCGCGGCCUUCGGGAGAGGGGACACUGAGUCAAAGUUGCUCAAAGUUGGAGCCUAUACCAGACAUUCCCCCACCUCGCCCACCAAAACCUUAUUUGUCUCACGACCGCUCCCCAGUGGACACCUACUGCGUACCUCGAUCAUCCUCCGAGGCCGAUACCAAUUACAGCGUUCCCACGUCCGGCAAAACUCUUCGAAGCAACACCAUUGGCACGGUGGAAGGCCACUGGCUUCGAAAAGACUGUGGUCCUCAAGAUAGCUAUGAUAUUCCCAGAAAAUUUUCAAAUUCAGUAGAUCUUGGGGAAGGCUUUAGCAGUUACCUACAAAAGAAGGGUAUGAUGCCGCUAGCAAGUUUGAGUACUGAUGAAGCUGACCAGAACUAUGUGCCCAUGGAUGCGAGCUCUCCGCCUCGCCUGCAUUCCGUCAGCCACUCGGAGCCAGUCCAGGACACUAAUUAUGUUGCAAUGACACCGAGUACUUUUGACUUCCCCACGUUGGGAAUGCAAGUGCCACCUCCAGCACACAUGGGUUUCAGGGUAAGCCCCAAAACUCCUCCCAGGAGACCAGUACCUAAUGCUGACUGCCAGCCACCACCAGUGGACAGAAACCUUAAACCUGACCGGAAAGGUCAAAGUCCAAAAAUAUUAAGAUCUAAACCUGUUUUAGAACGAACUGAUACUCAAACCAUAGGUGACUUUACUCCAAGACGACACAAGGUUAAACCUGCGCCACUGGAAAUUAAACCUUUACCUGAAUUUGAAGAAAUGCAGGAAUUAGCUCCAGUCAGAUCACCAGUGACCAAAACCUUCACCAGAGAAAUCAGCCACUCCAGGUUUCCUGUCAAUGCCCGACCAGCCUCCGUCCACAGCACUGCUUCCAGCACUGAUUCACAGGAGGACAGUGAGGAGAACUACGUGGCCAUGGAGUCUGCACCCUCCACAGAUGAUCCAAGCAUAAAACAAGGAAUACUACAAUGUAGUGAUGGCGGGAGCAGUUUAACGCGAUCUAAAAAUGACAAACAACAAGUCGAGUAUUUAGACCUGGAUCUAGAUUCUGGAAAAUCAACACCUCCACGAAAGAAAAGCAAUGGUACCGGUACAGUAGCGGCAGAUGAAAAAGUAGAUUAUGUAUUGGUGGACCAAGAGCGAACACUGGCACUAAAGAAUACCAGGAAAGCAUGGACAGAUGAAAGACAAUCUACUGAGUCAGAGACUCCAAUUAAAAGUGCAAAGUGACUUGAUGGUGCCAUUAACCGAACAUCACGACAUGUUGAGAUGCCUUUUUAUUCCUGCCACUCACGGCAUUCUAGCCAGCAUGCUCUAACUUGAAUGAGCCAUCGAUCAAUUUAUCAAGUGACUUGAGAUUUUACAUACAAGCAGCAUACAACAUCAAAAAGGGGAAAAUGUUGGAGUCGUCAAUAGCUGUAAUUAAGUCCAUGCUGUGAAGGCCAUCUUUGACACCAUGUCUGCUUCAAGCACUCUUAAUAGGUUAUUGUAGUUUUAAAAUGCCAAUGGUAGUUGUUACUUUGGUACAUGAGAAGCUAUUAGUUACUGGAGGAAUCUGCGCUUGGAAGUUGAUUCCUUAUAUAGAAAAUAACUUCACUUUUAAUUCUAGUCUGAAUCAUGGAAAUAUCCAAUCUGUAAAGUAUGUUUUAGCUGAACUAAUUUUCUAAUUUUUUUAAUUAAAAUUCCAGGUUAUUUAAGCUAAGUUAGAUGAGGCAUUCUUUGACACUUUAUAGACUUAACAAUGGUAGUUACAAUAGAACUAAUAAAACAUUGUUAAACAUCUCUCUUGCAACAUUGCUGGCAGUGGCCUUUAGAUCACCACGAUCAAUAACUAUAUGCAAAUAAAAAACAGAAUCCCACAUUCCUUGCCAGUAUUGAACAAUAAA